CGUGCGCAUCUGCCGCUCUCAACCCGAGGAUGUUGUUGUCAGUACGUCCCAAACACCAAGUCCUUAGGUUUAGGCGCUCUUAACGCUCUCUGGCUCUGAGCCUGCUCACUCCCGCAACACCAGGGGGAACAAUGGCCGAGCAGGCCCCGGGAUCAACUGCUUCUCCCAAGCUGGACGCCAGGGUGCUGCAUCAGAGGGUACUUGAGCUGGAGCAGGAGAAGGCAGAGUAUCUCAGAGUGAAGCAACAUCAGGAACAGGAGUUUAACCAGCGGAGAGCCAAGUUUAAGGAAUUAUACUUAUCCAAAGAAGAUGAGCUAAAAAAGCAGGGAGUGGCUCUCCAGGCAUCACAGGAUGAACUUUUAAAGCUUCAAAAACUGCUUUCAGACGCUAAUGGAGAAAUGGAGACCAUCAAGGCUGUGGCCACUGUGUCAGAGAACACCAAACAAGAAGCAAUUGACCAGGUUAAAAGACAGUGGCAAGAGGAGGUAGCAUCAUUGCAGGCUAUCAUGAAAGAAGCAGCACGAGACUAUGAGCUGCAGUUUCAACAAGAGAGAAGUCAAUGGAGUCAGUACAGAGAAACGGUGGAACGGGAGAUGGCUGAGCUUCGGCGCCAGCUCAAAGAAGGCCAGGAGGAGGAAAACCUAGAGAAUGAAAUGAAAAAAGCUCAAGAAGAUGCAGAGAAACUGCGAUCUGUUGUAAUGCCCAUGGAACAGGAAAUCACUGCCCUCAAGAGUCGGCUGACAGAAGCUGAAGACAGAGUGAAGGAACUUGAAGCAGCCAAAGUAACAGAACUAAACCAUGUCCUCGAAGCAGAAAAGUCAUGUCGCACAGAUCUGGAGAUGUAUGUUGCAGUUCUCAACACUCAGAAAUCUGUUCUCCAAGAAGAUGCUGAGAAGCUGCGUAAAGAACUACACGAAGUUUGCCACCUUCUUGAACAAGAGCGGCAGCAACACAAUCAACUGAAGCACACAUGGCAAAGGGCAAAUGACCAGUUCUUAGAGUCCCAAAGGUUGCUUAUGAGAGACAUGCAACGAAUUGAAAGUGUGUUGUCUUCAGAACAAUUGCGUCAGGUAGAAGAAAUGAAGAAAAGAGACCAGGAAGAAGAUGAGCAGCAGAAAAUAAAGGCUAAAAAAAAUGAAGAAGAUGAAGUGGAAGGAGAGGAGUCAAUUGGUCCUGUUAAUGAUGAAGUCCAUGUUAAUCACAGCAUUCAUAGCUCCCUACACUCCCUCGACACAGAUGUUCUUAUCUCCACAGGGGAGGAAUGUGCUGAUAAAGAGGAUGGAAGCACUAGUGACCUCUUCAAAGAUGGGCUACGAAGAGCUCAGUCUACAGACAGUUUGGGUACCUCUGGUGGAGGGCCACAGCAAAAAAGCUUAGGGUAUAACAACAAAGCAAAGUCAGCUGGCAACCUGGAUGAAUCGGACUUUGGACCCCUUGUGGGGGCAGACUGUAGUGGUGGGGAUAAUUUUGACACUGCCUCACUGGGCUCCUUCCAGCUGUCAUCAGGGUGCUUUCUUCUCACAAAGGACCAGGAAAAAGCAAUUAAGGCCAUGACUCCAGAGCAGGAGGAGACUGCCUCUUUACUUUCUAGCAUCUCCCAGGCACCUGACAAUGCCUAUCUCCCACCUUUGGGGUACCGUCUUGUUAGUGAGUCUGAGUGGAAUCUGCUCCAACAAGAGGUAAAGAAUGCUGGAAGGAAGUUGGGUCGUAGGUGUGACAUGUGUACCAACUAUGAGAAACAACUACAGGUCAUACAGAAUCAAGAAGCAGAAACUCGUGACCAGGUAAAGAAGUUACAGGCAAUGCUUCGACAGGCUAAUGACCAACUGGAGUGUACCAUGAAGGACAAGCAGGACUUGGAAGAAUGUUUGAAGCAGGAAAAUGAACAGACUUCAGAAAAAAUUUCUACAUUAAUGCAGAAAGUUCAGGAGUCGGAAACUUUACUCAGCAGUAUACAGCAAGCUUUCUCUCAGGCCAAGAGAAAUGCUCAGGAGCAGAUGGCAGUUUUAAUGCAAUCAAGGGAACAGGUAGCUGAGGAGCUAUCAAGGCUACAAAGGGAAAAUGAGAGUCUUCAGGGAAAGCAUCGGCUUCAUAUUGCCUUGCAACAGCAAGAAAACUUCCUCAUGCCUGACACAGUUGAGGAGAUGCAGGCACUUGUUUUGCGCUACAGGGAGGAUAUAGUAUGUGUACGGACUGCUUCUGAUCAUGUUGAGGAGAAGCUAAAAGCAGAAAUCCUAUUUCUAAAGGAGCAGAUUCAGGCUGAACAGUGUCUGAAGGAGAACUUAGAGGAAACACUACAACUAGAGAUUGAAAGCUGCAAGGAGGAAAUUGACAUCCUAGAAGCUUCUUUUUCAAGUUUGAAAACUGAAAUGGAGCGUGAGAAGGCAGAAAAAGAGCAGCUGGUGUCCAGAUUGACGGAGAAGACUCAGCAUCUGGAAAAUCUUCAGACUUUGAGGAGUAAUCUGGAGGAGCAGCUGAAGAAAGAAACAACAGCCAGGACCAACUUUGAAAAUCAAGUUUAUGAAGAAAAAGAUAAAGCACAGCGGCUGCAGACAGAACUGGAUGUUAGUGAGCAGGUCCAGAGAGACUUUGUUAAACUUUCUCAGACGUUGCAGGUCCAGUUGGAGCGAAUUCGACAGGCUGAAUCCUUAGACCAGAUUCGGGUGAUUCUUAAUGAAACCAAUUUAACAGAUAUCAACCAAUUGCCUGAAACAUGAUAGUGGAUGCAGGGGCUUACAUUAGGGAGUGGGCUUUUGUUCCCUGGAUUCUCUAUUCUCGCCUUUCUUUCUUUUUCUUUUGCUGUCUUGGUUUUUCCAUGAAAUGUUAUUUUACUCCUUAGCAUACAGGAGGGAUAACACUAAGAUGUACAGUUUGUGUCUGGAUGGGGGGAGGGACAUGUUUGAAAUAACAAUAACUAGACAGGAAAUAAACCAUGCACAGGAAAGGUGCUGUGUGAAGAGAGAAUGGAGGCUUUCUGACACUGAGAGACACUACAGAAGGGCCAGUAUGAUACAUGCAGCCGCCUCCAUGUAGAUGGGAGUUAGACACGGGCUCUUUUAAUUCUUACUUUGACAUAUUUUAGCAUGCUUUCAAGCAGAUGCAUAGCUCUUUGCUUCCAUCCCAGUCUUUUCCAGGAGGUGAUGAUUUGUUUUGAGGAUAAUAUGACUGGCUUAGAGAUCGGAAUAUCGGAACUGUUUAGGAUGCAGUCCUUUUUUAACAGAAGACUUGUAAGAGAAAACUAAACUUUUCUAUCCCCCUUUUAAAUAUAAACUUCAACUACAGUACAUUUCAUUGAAGACUUCCUCUGAGUCAUUUUAAGUAGUAUACCAUUAACUUCCCCUCACCACCUUGCUUAAACAGCACAGUCCAUCUGGUAUUUGAAGAUCCAUGUGCGCCAUACUAAGGCACUGCUUAUUGUCUUGAGGGGUGUAAUGGGUUUAGUUCACACAGAGAGUGGGGAAUGGUCUGUAAAGACGAGACCGUGUACACAACUUCUUCCAGUCCCUCAGCAUAGUGAGGAUGAAGACAAUGUUAAGAAGAAGAGAAUGCCCUGUCCUGUCUGGGAUAUCGUUGUCAUUUUAUUCUGUUUCUCAGCAGUGCUGCUUUUCUCCUUCCAGUCAGUGCCUAAUACGGGUAAUGCUGCUGAAUUGUCCAGCUUGGUCUAAUCUGAGGUCAGCACAGGUCUUAACUCCCUCAAGGAUGGCUGCUUUCCCGACUUUAUUAUUUUGUUCUGAUCUCAAGGCAAAAAAUCUGUUAAUGUACUGGUUAAUUGUCAGAUCACAUCUUGUCCCAGUAAAGGUUCAGCUUGCUGCAUCGGGUAACAGCCUACAGUCCUGUAGAUACUUUGUAGUGAUUUCCACUUCAAGGGUCUCUGUCAUCUUGUCAGUUCAAGUUGUAUAUGAGUCUUUAAAACUGACCAUCUUAUAAGUGCGUCCCUUAAUAAAUUACAUUAUAAUGAU